AGAGUCCAGACACCAAGUUUGAAGUUUGAACCGAAGAGCCUCCAGCCUCAGCCUUCUUAAGGCUUUGCCACUUGUCAAGUAAAUGAUGUUUUCUUACCAACUCCCAGAGAGAGAGAGAGAGAGGGAGAGAGAGGGAGUGGUAGUUUUGCUUCCGAGCGUCUAUUAGAGACUACAGAUCACUACAGAUCAGGGGAAGCUCGUUUACUCUGACUUUGAGUCAUCGAUACCUUGAUUAGGAUAUAAAGCCCGCGAAGAGAGAGAGAGAGAGAGAGAGAGUUGCUUCGGAGUCUCAGCAGUCGGGGUCCUCGACUUCGGAGCUCCUUCUUCUUUGCAAAUUCACUUUUGCCUUUCAUGGCGGAAAGGGUGCCAUGACUAGUUGACCUCUUUCUCUUUGUAUCCUCGUUGUUUUCGAGGUGGAUUUUGUUUUCUCGAAGGCAGAACUCGCUGAUCUGAAGUUUUCGAUUGCUUAAUUUCCGUUAUUUGGGAAAUUAAUGAGAUUCUUGAGUUCUGUGACCUGGUUUUAUUUGUUAUUGUUCAGAUCCAUUGUUGAAGGCUUUGGUUGAUUGGAUUAGAUUGCUUUGGUGAGAAAUAAGCGGUUACUGGUUCAUCGUGUUGAUGUUGGGGAGGUAAGAAGAUUGGGAGUUUGAUUAUUUUGGGUGAAAUUUUCGUUGGGAGGUUGGAGAUGGUAUUAUCUUGUUGGUUUUUGGAUUUUGGAGGUUGAGUUUAGGGGUUUGAAUUUAGGAUGGAUGGGUCUCAGGGCAGCUCCAAUGCGCCGCCUCCUUUUCUUACGAAGACAUAUGAAAUGGUGGAUGAUCUACCCACCAACUCUAUUGUCUCAUGGAGUGAAAAUGGCAACAGUUUCGUAGUGUGGAAUCCGCCAGAAUUUGCAAGGGAUUUGUUGCCCAAGUACUUCAAGCAUAACAAUUUCUCCAGCUUCGUUAGGCAGCUCAAUACGUAUGGUUUUAGAAAAAUUGAUCCUGAUCAAUGGGAAUUUGGGAACGAGGAUUUUAUAAGAGGCCAAAGACACCUUUUGAAGAAUAUCCAUAGACGCAAGCCAAUUCACAGCCAUUCCCAACAAAAUCAACAUGGAAAUUCUACUGGAUUAAUUGAAUCAGAAAGGCAAGAGCUUGAAGAGGAAAUUGAAAAGUUGAAGCAUGAAAAGAGCAAACUUAUUUUGGACCUACAGAGGCAUACACAGGAGCAGCAAGGGAUUGAGUCACAAAUGCAGUCCUUGGAGCAAAAAUUGCAUCAGUUGCAACAACGCCAGCGGCAAAUGAUGGCUUUCUUGUGUCAAAUCCUGCAGAAACCUGGGGUUGCUUCAAAUCUCAUGAAAGAUUCAGAAAACUAUAAUAAGAAAAGAAGGUUGCCGAAGCUUGAUUACUUAUAUGGUGAAGCGGACAUAGAGGAGAACCAAGUGGUGACCUUCCAGAGGGAGAGACCUGAUGCUGUAUCUAUGCCAGUAAUAAACAUAGAGCCAUUUGAAAAGUUGGAAUCAUCGUUAAAUUCUUGGGAAACUUUUCUAAAUGGGGUUGGCCAAGCUUCAGGGGAGGAAAUGUCUCCUGUUGGAGUGGCUUUGCAACCUUCUACAGUUGUUCUUACAGAAAUGCAUUCAUCAUCUGGAGACCCAGACAUAAAUAUGCAGACAGAGUCCCCCGAAUUAUGUCAGUCUUCACCUCAUUCUAGAGAUAUUCAUUCAUCUCUAGAAUUGGCAGGAUCUACAAGUCAUGGGGAAAGCAUGGUUAUUUCUUCUGUUCAGUUUAAUGCAGAUACACGGUCAAGAGCUCCUGGAAUUGAUAUGAAUUCCAAGCCUGCUGCUGCUUCUGAGGUUCAGGCAUCUACAGAACGGGUGACAGGAAGCAUGACUGCUGCACAGCCAACAGGGGUGAAUGAUUUAUUCUGGGAGCAGUUUCUUACUGAGACUCCUGGUUCAUCUGAUACACAGGAGGUCCAGUCAGAAAGGAGGGAUGCUGAUGUCAGAAAGAUUGAAAACAAGCCAGCUGAUAAUGGGAUACUUUGGUGGAACAUAAAGAUAAGAAUGUAGAUAACCUUACAGAACAGAUAGGUCAACUUACUCCAGCCGAAAGAACAUAAUGUUGGUUGGUUUUUUAUUCCAACUUUUUUCAUGUCACAGGAGCUGGGUGUAUUGUUAACUUGAUGUAGAGGUAUACUUGUUUCUGUCUUGUUUAUAUAUAGACAGAUAUUCAUGUUUUGAGCUUAUCAUUCUUGUGAAUCUUAGAUGCUUGUCAAUUAGGUUCGCACUAACAUUCCCUUGUUCAUUAUUUUUUCAAUUUAUUAUGAUUUCUAAUAAAUGGUUAUCAACAA